AAAGCCCACACCGGGACAGAGUAGCAGCGUCCGUUCUUUCUCUCUGUCGGCGUCCCUGUCCGUCACUGCGCGGCUCUGGUCACCGUCGAGGCCGCUCCGUGUUCUUCCUCUUCCUCUGGGCAAAUCCCUCGCUAUUUCUCUCGCUAGGAAGGGACCUGACCGUGGCGGCGUACUUGCUCUGGUCGCCGCGUCGCCGCUGAAUCCGAGCGGGCGGCUGUGCUACCUGGUGUAUGAUCGUGCCGGCCGCAAACGCCGUCGUCGUUCAGUCGAGGGCUCGGUGAGCCGUGGAGGAGCAGGUGGGUGAGGCGGAGUGCACGAGGGAUUUGGCCGAUUUGUUACUGAACUCGCCUUUAAUCUGGGUGCGGGGUCGGAAGGAGGAGAAGGGAAAAGAAGAUCCGAGAGUAAUAAAAGGACUUGGGACACCAGAAGUUGCAGUGAAAACAGCACGGGAAGAAUAAAUUAGAGAUGGACUUCUUUCCGGACUAUGGGGAUUUCAACAGGUACAUAGUUCAGGAGGUCAUAGGUAAAGGGAGUUAUGGACUUGUGUGUUCUGCCAUUGAUACACAUAAUGGUGAAAAAGUUGCCAUCAAGAAGAUCCAUGAUGUCUUUGAGCACAUUUCUGAUGCUGCUAGGAUUCUUCGUGAGAUUAAGCUUGUUAGGCUUCUAAGACAUCCUGACAUUGUGGACAUCAAACACAUCAUGUUGCCUCCAUCAAGAAAGGACUUCAGAGACAUUUAUGUCGUCUUUGAGCUGAUGGAGUCAGAUCUUCACCAAGUCAUAAAGGUCAAUGAUGACUUAACGUGGGAGCACUACAAAUUUUUUCUUUAUCAACUGCUUCGUGCACUCAAAUAUAUCCACACUGCUAAUGUUUAUCACCGAGAUCUUAAACCAAAGAACAUACUGGCAAAUGCAAACUGCAAACUCAAAAUAUGUGAUUUUGGUUUAGCAAGAGUUGCAUUCAAUGACACGCCAACGACUUUAUUCUGGACGGAUUAUGUUGCAACCAGAUGGUACAGAGCUCCUGAGCUAUGUGGAUCAUUUUACUCCAAGUAUACCCCAGCUAUUGAUAUAUGGAGCAUCGGAUGCAUUUUUGCUGAGCUCCUGACUGGAAAACCACUUUUCCCUGGUAAAAAUGUGGUUCACCAGCUGGAUUUGAUGACUGAUCUUCUAGGGACGCCUUCUUUUGAUACCAUUUCUCGGGUGCGUAAUGAGAAGGCAAGGAGAUAUUUAAGCAGUAUGAGAAAAAAACAACCAGUGCCCUUUUCACAAAAGUUUCUAAAUGCUGACCCUUUAGCUCUUAAAUUGUUAGAAAGGCUUUUGGCAUUCGACCCAAAGGAUAGGCCAUCAGCUGAGGAGGCAUUAGCUGACCCUUAUUUUAAUGGCCUGGCUAAAUUGGAAAGAGAACCCUCAUGUCAGCCAAUCCCAAAGAUAGAGUUUGAGUUUGAGCGGCGCAAAGUGUCAAAGGAGGACAUUAGGGAACUUAUCUUUCAAGAAAUAUUGGAAUAUCAUCCGCAGCUUCUCAAAGAGUAUAUCAAUGAAACUGAAGGAGUAAACUUCCAUUAUCCAAGUGCUGUUGAUCAAAUAAGGGAGCAAUUUGCCCACCUUGAGGAAAAUGGUGGUAAAACCAAACCAGUAUUUCCAUUUGAUAGGAAGCAUGUUUCUCUCCCACGAUCGACCGUGGUCUGUUCUACUGCCAUUCCUCCAAAGGAGUUUUGGGCAUCAUCCAAGAGAAGGCAAUUCAUAGAUGAUACAUCCGAAAAGCCUGGAGAAACUGGAUCUUUGCCUGUCAAUUUAGCAAGCACCUCACAGUUGCCUCAGGGAAUUCCAUUUGCUAAACAUGGGAGAGUGGUGGAUCCUAAGGCGCCAAGGAGGCUGGCAAGAAAUCAUGGCCUUCCACCACAGCCUGUCCCUUCUAAUGUUUCCACAGAGCCUCCGACAAUCCAGCAUGGUCAGAAAGGAGGAAUUCAGCAGAGGCAGAGAGGGUCCUGAUGGACAGACACCACAUAGAUCCAUGCAGUCUGGCGUAGCUAUGAAUGCAAGAAUCCUCUUUUGCAUCUUGUUGGUUGAUUCAUCUAGAAUGACCAUGAACAUUUGCUGCCUCCAAAACCUGCAUACGAUGUGAUCUGCUGCCGCUAAUAUGGGUGUUUAGUGCCGAGCAAUUUUGUAUGGCAAGGAUAAAUUAUGUGCUAAAAAUAUGUUACGCAGGUGUAAUUUCUGUCAUUACUCUUCCAAGGCAGUUGAUGAGAGAUGAUGCGAUGAGAGAGAGAGAGAGAGAGAGAAGAUUGUGCUUAUUGAGAAAAAAGAGGUUGACAACGCCAGGGUAAAAACUAAGAGUUGCAUGUUAUUCCAUUAUGCCCCUUCUUUUAAGUGUUCUACUUCCAUAACACUGGUAGCUUUUGUGUAACAAAUGUACUAUUUACUUUCUAGUUAUUUGGUGGCUUUUGUUUUUUACUCUUCUAA